AUGAUUGACCAACUAUAUGCAGAGACGACUGCGCGAAAGACUGUUUGAUAUACAAAAUAUGAAUGUUUAUAUUAGUUAAUUGUGAUUGCACCCCAUCUUAAAUUCUUGAUUAGUAUGUCAAGUAAAAUAAAAUAUGUUCAAAUUUCUCUUUUUGUAAUAAUAUUAGCUCAGUUCUCAAUUAUAAUUUUAAAUUGUGACACCAGUGUUAGAGCUGAGGCCGAAGAAGAAGUCUGUGACGGAGAGUUUCAACCUGACGGAUCGUGUAAAUCUAUGGGGGCCGCUGGGGCGCGGUACAUUCAUCGAGCAGAGAUGGCUUGGAGAUCCAGUGGAGAAUCGCAUGAAGAGCUCAUAACAAGACUAAAAGAAAAUGGAAUCAUCAAGAAUGAUGCAGUUUUGAAGGCAAUGCGAGCCGUUGAUCGCAAACACUACAGCAGUAAUAGUCCAUAUGCUGAUUCUCCACAGAGUAUUGGGUAUGCUGUCACUAUUAGUGCACCUCAUAUGCAUGCACAUGCCCUUGAACUACUGAAAGACCAUCUUAGUGAAGGCAAGUCAGCAUUGGAUGUUGGAUCUGGAAGUGGUUAUUUGACUGCCUGUAUGGCUAUCAUGGUGGGAUCCACGGGGAAGGUAGUAGGGAUAGACCAUAUCAAAGAAUUGGUAGAUAAAUCUAGGAAAAAUAUAGAAAAGGAUAACCCUGAUCUUCUAACAUCGGGUAGGAUGCAACUAGUAGUUGGUGAUGGUAGACAAGGAUAUGCUUCUGGUGCCCCAUAUGAUGCUAUUCAUGUUGGUGCUGCUGCUCCAACAUUACCACAGGCACUGAUUGAGCAAUUGAAGCCUGGUGGUCGUCUCAUCAUCCCGGUAGGACCACAAGGAGCAGCUCAGAAUCUAGAGCAGUAUGACAAAUCACAAGAAGGACAAAUCACAAAGAAGACUCUCAUGGGUGUAGUCUAUGUACCCCUUACUGCUAAAGAUCAACAGUGGCCAGGCAAGUGGAAGUAAAUGAAUGAACCAUACCAUAUUGGACCUUUCUUUUUUUCAUGUUGGUUUCCUUCUGUUUGAUGAUUUAAUCUUAAGGACUGCGGAAGAAUGCUGUGAUCCGGUUUGUUUCUGCUUGAGGUGAUUGGUAGUCGGACAUAAAUGCUAGGAACAGAAUCAUUGAUUCCCAUGACAACUGUUCGUCAGAUUUGGCUCCUGAAGAUUAUUGGACAAGAAGAUUUGACUAUCAGCAAAGCUGUGCCAAUGAUAUUCUUCAUCAUAGAGGAUAUUUGAAUUGUAAUAACAUCAAACUUACAUUUCUGGCCAUAUUAAAAGGGCCUUUGUGGCUGAGACUAAAGCUGAUGACAGUGCCAUUUUGGCAUAUAAUCAGGCUGUGUCUACAUGUGACACCCUGACAUUAUGAAUGAAGUUUAUGUCAGCCCUAACAGUAUACAGUGUUCCUUGAAAGGAAGUACACUAUUGGAAGCAUUUGAAAGUGAGCAGAGGAAAUUGAUUUUCAAUUAAUAGGUGGUUCUCAUUUUCAAUUGAUAGUUAUUUGACUGAAAAAUAUUAUGCAAUCUGCAUUUGAUAUUAUUUUGAAUGUUAGUGUAUGUAGAUUAUGAUUUAAUUUAGACAUUGAAAAUAAUAUUAAUUAGAAGUUUAUUUAUUUAAUUUUGUUGUCCAAGUGCUGAGAAGGGAUCUAGCAAUGAUUCAUAUUUUGUUUGUUCUUAGGUGUAGAACCUACUGAUCAAUGCUUGAUUCAGAAAUGUUUAUUUGAUAUUGCUCAAAUUCAUUGCCAUGUGCUGGUAUUAAAUUCAGUGUUGGAAUUGAGGAAAGCUUUUAAGUGUUUUACAUAGUUGUGGGAAAUCAUUUGCAUCAUACUUGAUUCAGUAUUUGACAUUUUUACUUAAUUCUAAGGCCCAAGUCCAGCUUAAAUUAGGCCGUGGUCACACUCUCUGCUAAAAUUAUGGGAAGCCAAAAAUGUCAACUUUUUGUUUACAUUGUAUGUUUCUAAUGUUCACUGUAUUUUUUCAUCAUGCUAUUAUGGUGAAAAAAACAACAACACAACAAAUUCACAUAUUAUUUCCAAACUGUUACGAAUGACCCGAGUGACAGUUCACCUGAUAAGUUGAACUUGUACUGUUAUAGAUUUGAGUGAAAAUUAGCUAUCCAUAGUUAAACUGCAACUUUUGACCUGAGCUUGAAUUAAUCCAUAGUUCAGAAUAUACAGGCCUAAGUAUCCAAGAAAUGGGUCCUAUUUUGAACAUAAUUCAGCUUACAAAUUCAUUGAUUGGAUAUGAAAAAAUACACUAAACUAUUUUAUCAAAAUAAAAACUUCAGUUGUAUACACUGUACAUUUUUUUUUUACGUUCAUGUAGGUAUUGAAUUGAAUAUUGACUUUAGUCACUAAACUAAACCCACUUUGGCAACAUGAGAUAUUUGUUAUAUUAUGAUGUGGGCUAGCUAAAACAUUGAUAUGUGUGAAUGAUUAUCUUUGUUAUAAUACUGCUCAUAUAGAUUAAGUCAAGGUGAUAUUUGGAGUUCUGGCAGUGGAACUGCACUUCAAGAGAAACCCAUUUAAAAUCAAACUUGAAUACAUCUAUAAGAAGAUAUAAGAAAUUAAGCAAACUCACAAAUGCAUUUAUGGGACUACAUGCACUAUGUAUCCUGAUGUUGAUGACUUUAGUUAUUCUAUUUUCUCUGUAUAAGUCUUCGCUAAUAAUUCCAUGCCAUAAGUUUCUCUAGUCUUAAGCAUCAGUUUUGCUUGCCUGUUAUAAUCAGGUACUAGUAGGAGGUCUAAAUAAUUCAUUGUAUAAGUUUGAUGGGAUUCUCGGCGAGUUGUGAUUUUCGUCAUUACCAGGUCUCAAAUGUAUUGUCUAUGAGUUAUGAAUGAGAGAGAGUGUUAAAGAAAGAGUAAUGAGCAAAAAAGUGACUUGCCUCAAUCCUACAUUGCUGUAUAUCAUGUAAUUUUACGAAACUGCUGCACAUUGCUUAAUGAGGAUGGAGAGCCUUUUUUUUGCUGUUGCAAUAAUUUUUCAGCUCUUAAGAAAUAUUGAAAAAUUGGCAAAAUAGAUCUCACAGAUUUUCACCAUUGUGUUUUCUUGUUUUUCUGCUUUGACACAAUGAAUUUCGUAUUUGGAUUCUCUUAUAAAGAGAACAAAUAAUUUCCACAUGCCGUUACAUACAUUGUAACGUUGGAUGAUAGGGUCUCAGUCAAUUUAUGUACAAUGAUGGUAUAUGUAGAAAGCAAGAUUGAUUUGAACGUCAAGUCCACCUCAGAAAAAUGUUGAUUUGAAUCAAUAGAAAAAAUCAGAAAAGCACAAUGCUGAAAAUU